AUGCAUCUGGAGAAGGAAGGCGGCCGGCUGAGCUCCGGCAAGCUGGAGGUGGAGCUCCAUCAGACGUCCGCUUCCCCGCCUGCUGGCCUGGGACUCACCGCCAUCACCCGCCGGCCACAGCUGGGAGUCAGGGGGGCAGACCCCGAGGGCCCCUACCCCCAGCAGGCGGCCGGGCAGAGCUGCUGGGCUCCUGUGGACCAGGAUUUUGGUUCCUUCCUCACAGAGCAGAGGUCUCACUUGCCUUUCACCGGGUUCUGCAGCUCCAGGCCCCGAGAAGCCUGCUGCACAGAAAGCACGCCUCUGCUGGGGGGCCCCUCCCAGGAGCGGGGGGCGCGGUGCCUGCCCGUCUGCCACCCGGAGCUCAUCACGGCGGAGUCCUGGGACCUCAGCUCGGCCGAGUGGGAGGGCACGUCGCUGCUGGGCAGUGAGGCGGCCGGGUCCUCCAGAUCCGCCUCCUCGGACAGGGGGGACCUCCUGGAAGGGGCUCCCGUCCCGUUCCGCCUCUCCAAGCUGAGGCGCUGUGCGCGGCGGCUGAAAGUCACGGGCCUCUUCGUCUUCGUGGUGAUGUGCUCGGUCUCGUUCAGCCUGUAUCCCGACGAAGGGAAGCUCUGGCAGCUGCUGGCCGUGUCGCCGCUGGAAAGCUACUCUGCGAACCUCAGCAGCCGGCCCGACUCCACGCUGCUCCGGGUGGACCUGGCGGGGGCCCUGCUGGCCGGCGGCCCGAGUCGUCCGGGAAGAGAAGAGCGUGUGGUGGUGGAGGUGACGCAGGCCAGCGCUCCCGGCUCCAGGCGGCGGCCCCAGCAG